AUGAUAUCUGAAGGUCGUCAUCGACGCCCAAAACAGAGGAGGCUGAGAAGGCGUACUGAAAUUUCUAGGGAAGAUUCCAUGGGGUGUUUGCCAGAAGAACUGAUCCUAGCUAUUCUUGUAAGGGUUCCAGUUAAAUACCUCUUACAGUUCAAAUGUGUUUCCAAAAAUUGGUUUAAUUUGAUAUCUAGCCCUGAAUUUGUGAAAACUCAUCUUGAUUUUUCUGCUAACGAUUACACCCGCCAUAUGUCUCUGUUACAAUAUAAUGCACUAUCGACGGAGAUUAAAUAUUGUUAUGUUACUUGUUUAUUUCAUGAACCUGUUAUUGAGGCGCUUGAUUUGUAUUGUCCCAUGAAAAAUACACCUCAAAGUGUUCAAAUUUCGGGUUCUGUUAAUGGUUUGGUUUGUCUUUCUGAUGGGUUUGGUAGGUUGGUGCUAUGGAAUCCAUCAAUUAGAAAGUUCAAGAAUGUGUUUGGAUUUCUGCCUACAAAGAUGGGUUCCGCCUGGUUCAAGAGUGGUUUUGGAUAUGAUGAGGUCCAUGAUGACUAUAAGGUAGUGGGUAUUUUUAGUAACAUGGUUAAGGCCUAUUUUGAGGCUGUCAUAUAUAGUUUAAAAAGGGAUUCUUGCACAACACUUGAAGAUUUUAAACCUGGGGUGACUUACUGUGGUGAUGCUAAAUUUGUGCAUCGUAAACUUCAUUGGAUUACUUAUCGUAGACGUGGUUGGGGCAUCUCGUGUAUUGAUUUGGUUGAAGAGAAAUGGGGAAAGUUGGAGCUGCCUAGCUGCAAAGAAGAACAAGAAUUGAAGCUUGGAGUGUUGCAAGGUGAUCUUUCGUUCCUCUCUAGUAAUGAUGAGAGAAAUCACUCUGAUGUGUGGGUAAUGAAGGAAUAUGGAGUUAAAGCAUCUUGGACAAAACUGUAUACCAUCAGGUAUCCCGAGAACUAUAAGCUAGUGACGCCCCUUUUCACGUAUAGUAAAGGUAAAAUUCUACUCGCGUUUAAAUCAUCUUUGGCGAUAUAUGAUCCAAAGAACGACUCUAUCACAUAUCCAACGGUUACUAAUGUUGAGCUUACUGACUCUAUCACACAUGCAACGUAUAAUAUUGACGUUACUAGUUAUUACAGCAUUGUUGAGGCAGAAAUCUGCAUUGAAAGCCUAGUUUGUCCGGAUUUACCAAACAAAUAUUGA